GGUACAUAAGCGCCUGUAGUUGACUUGCGGCAUCCUUGUAGUCGAAAUUCUGUGAUAUGAGCACGCUAUCAAAAUCUGAGGUUGAAGACAUUCGGGAGGUUUUCGACCUGUUCGAUUUCUGGGACGGUCGCGACAGCCUGAUCGAUGCGGUCAAAGUGGGAGAUUUGCUUCGAUGCAGCGGAAUCAAUCCAACCAUUGCACUCACUGUGAAGCAUGGAGCGACUUUGAAAAAAGGAGAGAAGCAAUACAAAUUUGAUGAGUUUCUGCCUUGCUAUGAAAGCAUUUUGAAAGAAAAGCAAACCGGGACUUUCGCUGACUACAUGGAAGCAUUCAAGACUUUCGAUCGUGAGGGUCAGGGCAUAAUAUCUGCCGCUGAAAUGCGCCACGUGCUCACUGGAUAUGGUGAGAGACUUGAAGACAGUGAAGUUGAUCAGAUUGUAAAGUGCAUUGAUCUCCAUGAAGAUCUAGAUGGAAAUAUUAAAUACGAAGAGCUCAUCAAGAAAGUCUUGGCCGGGCCGUCAAUGAAGUAGAUUUCGCCCACAACAGCCAUACUGCCAUUAGCGUGAACUGUGCACAUCACAAUGCGCGGAAUUUCAUCGAACUACUCAAUUAGUUUUGGAUCACGACAUGAUUGCUUACUAUAGUUCUUCAGAGGAACGUUUGUUCUCAUUCUAAGGCUUUCUCUGUCACUCAGCAUGCAAAUUCCUCUUUCGUUAUGGAAAGCCUCCUUUCAUUGUCCUAUAACAACACGAACAGAUAAGUCGAACUGAUAUUCAUCAAUCCUUUCGUCUUUUUUACCAUCAUAUGUCAAACCAAACAAAGUAACUGCGGAACUUUUGAACGAGUCAUAAUACCAACCCAUUUGAACG